AUUUCGGUUCAGAAUCGAUUUUUUGCAUACACGAAUUCGAAGGCCAAGAAGGAAGAAGUUAUGAAGAAUUUGAAUAAGGGCUCUGCCCAAUUUUCUUCUGCCAAGGACGGUGCCCUGGACUUCCUGCCGUUGGAGGGUGGUCCAGCGAGAGGUCUUCCGAAGGCUAAUUUUCGGGAACGUAAAACGACCGUUUUGUAUAUUGGGAGGAUUCCACAUGGAUUUUAUGAGGAUGAGAUGGAAGCCUUUUUUAAGCAGUUCGGUAAAGUCAAGAGACUCAGGAUUGCAAGAAAUAGGAAGACUGGGAAAUCAAAGCACUAUGGAUUUAUCGAAUUUGAAUCUCCUGAGGUUGCAGAAGUUGUAGAGGAAUGCAUGCAUAAUUAUCUAAUGUAUGAGCAUCUGUUACAAGUUCGUCUUGUACCCCCAGAAAAGGUUCAUCCAAAAUUGUGGAAAGGUGUGAGCCGCAUGCACAAACCCGUAGAUUGGGUUCAAAUUGAAAGGAAGCGCCAUAACAAGGAGCGGUCACUGGAGCAGCAGCAGAAGUUGGUUGCAGGAAUAGUGAAGCGGGACAAGAAACGACACAAGAAGAUCAUGGAUGCUGGUAUCGAGUAUAAGUGCCCAGAACUUGUGGGCUGUACACAAGUUGCGCCGAAGAAGAUUAGAUUUGAUGUUGAUUAGGUCAGGUCGUUGUCACCAUCUUUGAGGAGCUUAGCUUUAUCAUCGAAUGAAUGAUUGGUUGUUAAGGUCAUUAGCUGCUGUUAUCACCAUAACAUGGCAUGCCAAUUUUAUUAUUUAAGUCAAUAUUGUACUAAAAUGUGGCAAUAGGGAUUAAGGAAUUGUUUAGGUUUUUGUGUGUCUGUUUUCCAGAAACUACCCAAUUGAAGAAAUGUUGACCUGCCCUGAUACGAUUCGUUCGAUGAUGUUUUAAUUUUUGAGGUGGAAAAAAGAGUACAAAGCAGCUCAACGAGAUUUGUUAAUCGUGUAAGGACUGAAUUUGAUUUUGUUAUGCAUCAUGCUUGUAUCA